GAGCAGCCGAGCACUCAGCACACGAGCCUAGAGCGCCCCUCAGACGCACGCGCGCGAGAACAGAGCAAACGGGGUAGAGAGCCCAGCAGGGAAACUGCUCUUCGUCAUGGGCGCGGACACAGCCGCGCUGCACGUCGCGGUCCACGCCCUGGCGAGCUCCCUGCAGCCGCAGGUGGUGGCCGCCGUCUUCUUCGCCUCGGCCGCGUGCAUGGUGGCCCUGGCCGUCCUACUGGCCUCGCUGCGGCUGCGGCCGCCGUGGUGGUGCGCGUGCGCGGUGUGCGAGGCGUACGUGACGGCGUCGUGGGCGGGGGAGUUCGACAACCUCUGCGACUGGUACGCGCACCUCCUGCGCCGCGCGCCGGGGCGGACCGUGCACGUGCACGUGCUCGGCAACGUGCUCACCGCCAACCCGGCCACCGUCGACCACAUGCUGCGCGGCCGCUUCGACAACUACCCCAAGGGAGCCCCCUUCUCCGCCAUCCUCGCCGACUUCCUCGGCCGCGGGAUAUUCAACGUCGACGGCGACUCGUGGCUCUUCCAGCGCAAGCUCGCCGCGGCCGAGCUCGCGUCCCCGGCGCUGCGCUGCUUCGCGGCGGGCGUCGUGGCCUCCGAGCUGCGGUGCCGCCUCAUCCCUCUGCUUCACUCCGCAUCCAGCGGCGGCGGCGGCGAGAGGCUGCUUGACCUCCAGGAUGUGUUCCGUCGCUUUGCCUUCGACUGCAUAUGCAGGAUCUCGUUCGGCCUCGACCCCGGCUGCCUCGAGCUCUCGCUGCCGAUGUCCGCGUUCGCGGACGCCUUCGACACGGCCUCCAUGCUCUCUGCGCGCCGCGCGACGGCGCCCAUGCACGUGUUCUGGAAGCUGAAGCGGUUGCUCAACGUCGGGGAGGAGCGGGAGCUCCGCGACGCGAUCCGCCUCGUCGACACGCUCGCCGCGGAGGUCAUCCGGCAGCGCCGGAAGCUCGGCACCGCCGACUCGGGCGACGACCUACUGUCGCGCUUCAUGGGCUCUAUCAACGACGACAAGUACCUCCGCGACAUCGUCGUGAGCUUCAUGCUCGCCGGCCGCGACACCGUCGCCUCAGGCCUCACCGCCUUCUUCUUGCUGCUGUCCGACCACCCCGACGUGGCCACCGAGAUCCGGGACGAGGUCUCCCGCGUCGCCGGAGGCAGAGACGGCCACCCCGCAGCCGCCACCUCCGAGGAGCUCAAGGACAUGCACUACGUGCACGCGGCGCUGUACGAGUGCAUGCGGCUAUUCCCACCGGUGCAGUUCGACUCCAAGUUCGCCGCCGGCGACGACACGCUCCCGGACGGCACGUUCGUCGCCCGGGGCACCCGGGUAACCUACCACGCCUACGCCAUGGGCCGCAUGGAGUCCGUCUGGGGCCCCGACUGCGCCGAGUUCCGCCCGGAGCGCUGGCUCCGCGACGGCCGGUUCGUGCCGGAGAGUCCCUACCGGUAUCCGGUCUUCCAGGGCGGCGUGCGUGUCUGCGUCGGCAAGGAGCUCGCCAUCAUGGAGAUGAAGUCCGUCAUCGUCUCCGUCGUGCAGAGCUUCGACAUCGAGGCGGUCGGCCGGAGCUCCCACCGGCCCAAGUUCGCACCAGGCCUUACCGCCACAUUCGCUGGGGGAGUGCCGGUCAGAGUGCGCCGGCGAGCUCGUGCCAGCGCGCUCCGACCGCCGAGCUAACGCCACCACACGGGCACGCGCGAAUUUCUGGCCGUACUCUUCUGCUUUGAAACAGAGGAUUAGAUUACAUUCUUGACGCCGUGAUCUAUGUGUUAUUCGCGACGACCGCACAGUUUGGCGAGUGCGCUGGGUUCUUGCCUCCACUGGAGUCCGGAGAUUCCCCCGGUAGGUCAUGACACAGCGGAUUAGUCUAAUCUGAUGCCCGACGGCACUUGUUCUCGCACAUGGGAAAAAGGGGCGGCUUAAAGUCGACUCUGCAUGUCAGCAUGUGUGCUAUUCUUUCCAACUUCAAAGCAGAACUGUUGAAAAGAAAAAUUUGCAGAUUCAAAGUUGCAGAAUGCACAUCUAGAUGUUCUUUCU